GACAAAGAUGAUCUCUCAGUCUAUCUGGCAAUCAUGAGACUCGUCGGCUGUUUUCUUUCCCUGCUCACUGUAUUCGGCCCUGCAGAAUGUGGGAAUGUUUUAGUAUGGUAUACAGAGGGCAGUCACUGGAUCAAUCUUAAGAUUGUGUUGGAAACGUUGAUUGACAGGGGACACAAUGUAACAGUGCUGGUGCCAGAUGCCGCUCUCUUCAUGAAAGCCAAAGAAUCGGAUCGCUUCUCCUUCCAGCACUUCAGUGUGUCCACAUCUGCACAGGACAUGCAAGACUUCCUUGAUGAACUUCUUCACUUCUCAGUGUAUGAGAUGGAUCAGUUAAACUUACUGCAGAUUCAAAUGAAAUUCUACAAGCUUGCUUCCAAACAUCAGGAUAUGUCUAUAUCACACUGUGACGGCAUUCUGAAAUCACCAGAGUUGAUGGACAAAUUGCGGAAUGGAAAGUUUGACGUUGUUCUGUCAGAUCCGAUCUACGCGUGCAGCGAUAUUGUGGCUGAAGAGCUGAACGUUCCCUUGGUUUUCACAUUUCGAUUCUCCUUAGCUCAUACUGCAGAGCGGAUGUGUGGUCAGAUACCAGCUCCACCAUCUUUUGUUCCUGGAGCCAUGAGUAAACUCACGGACAAGAUGAGCUUUACGGAACGAAUCAUCAAUAUGCUCUUCUACCUUUCUCAAGAUGCUUUUUGCAUUAUUGCUUGGAAACCAUUUGACAACUAUUACACUGAAUAUUUUGGACGGCCCACUUCCUAUUGUGAGAUGAUGGGUAAAGCUGAUAUCUGGUUAAUCAGAACCUACUGGGAUUUUGAGUUUCCACGGCCAUUCCUGCCCAACUUCAAAUACAUUGGAGGACUUCACUGCAGCCCAGCCAAACCAUUACCCAAGGACAUGGAGGAGUUUGUACAGAGCUCAGGGGAUGAUGGGAUUGUGGUCUUCAGUCUGGGGUCUAUGAUAGACAAAAUGCCUAAAGAAACAAGCAAUAUGAUCGCCUCCGCACUGGCCCAGAUUCCUCAGAAGGUUUUAUGGCGAUAUGGUGGAGAGAAGCCAGAUACUCUUGGUGCAAACACCAGAAUCUAUAAGUGGAUCCCUCAGAAUGAUUUAUUGGGUCACCCCAAAACCAGAGCAUUCAUCACUCAUGGAGGCACUAAUGGCAUAUAUGAGGCCAUUUAUCACGGCGUUCCAAUGGUUGGGAUCCCCUUGUUUGGUGACCAGCCUGAUAAUUUGGCCCAUAUGAAGGCCAAAGGUGCUGCUGUUGUCAUGGAUAACAUUAAAACCACGCAGCCACAAGACCUGGUGGAUGGACUCAAUGCCGUCAUUAAUGAUCCCUCGUAUAAAGAGAAUGCUAUGCGUUUGUCCAGGAUUCAUCAUGACAGACCAGUGAAGCCUUUGGAUGAGGCAGUGUUCUGGAUUGAGUUCGUCAUGCGCAAUAAAGGCGCUAAACACCUGCGUGUCGAGGCCCACAACCUUACCUGGUACCAGUACCACUGUCUGGAUGUGUUCGCUUUUCUCCUCACUGUCCUGAUUGUAGUCCUCUACGUCUUCUUUAAAAUGUGCAAAUUCUUUAUAAUGCGUUGCUGUUUUAGUUCAAAAAGUAAAACCAAAAAAGAGUAAUGAAA